AUGUCAGACAACCUCUCGCCCGCCGAACUCGUACAGUUGGUCAAGAAAGACCCCAAAAGGGUCAUUGAAACAAUUAAGACACAGCCAUACGAUGAAUCUAUCUUCAGGGAUAUCCACGGUGCGGUCAUGCAGGUCCACCCAAGCUCAUCUGAAUGGAAGAUAUUACGAAACGCAAACUUUUACGAGUUCUACCAGACGGUAUUACUUUCAGACCAAUAUGAAAUAAGUUCGCCUACUUGGAUUCAAGUGGCCAAGCUUCAAGCGGACUAUUACAAGCGCGAUUUGAGUUCACACGGCAACAAUGCUGGUCCGAUUGAACAGAUGACAUUGCUCAUUAAUCGCGUCGAUACAAUUCGAAGAAUUGACGAGUUUGAUAUCAUUCGCAACAGUACUACCGAUCUCCCUAUGCUUCUUGAUAUCUCUCGCAUAACCGCCCUAGUGCCCGACCCAUUUAAAACCAACGCGGUGCACUUACUCCCGCCGGUCAACGAAAGUAGUGACAUACAAGCAAUCCAGUCCGCGUUCGUACGCGUGCUCGGGAUGCAGCGCAACACACUCGCCAAGAUACCCUAUCAGAAAUGGAUCUGGCUGAAGCUUGUGGGCGUUACACAAAUGGCAACGGAAUGGCCGUCCAUGGGCGACGACGCGCUGGAGAUCUUACUUGAUCUCGUUUGGGAAUCUAUUGGAGAUAGCUCCAAGGCAGGUCCCUCAGAUCGCAAGAAUUCGAUUGAACUUUUGGGGUGCACGUGCGGUGACCAAGAUGCCUACUCCCACAUCUUUUUCGAGAGGCAGGGCGAACACAUCUUCCCGAUGCUUUCCCGCCUAGUCCUGACCGAUACGAAGGUCUUCGCGAAUAUUACUGAAAAAGCCGCGACAUGCAAACGUCUCCAAGCAAGUAUGAAGCUCCAGAUGUCUCGCUGUCCUGAAAGCACCAAGAAACAGCUGCAGGAGCAAAUGAUGCCCAUUUUCUUGCCCGUGCUCUUUAAAUUGCGCUCACUCGCCAAUUCAAAUACAAAUAAUCCACAGACGAAGCUUGCGAGUGAUACCGCUAAAGCGUGGGCCGAAAUUGGUGAAUAUUCGAGAUUACCAGGAGAGUGCGUGCAGGACUUGAAGGACAAGAGUGGAGGUCUGACUGCGCUUGGAAUGAUGCGUUGCGCGCGUUGUAAGAAGAAGCAGUAUUGCGAUGAGCGUUGCCAGCAUAGGGACUGGACCGAGGGUAAGCACAAGGAAGAGUGCAAGCCUGCCUGA